GUGUUAGGUUUUCAUAUUGGCGUUAUCUAGAUGAGUGGUAAAAGACCUAAUAAAUGUGCUAGCUUAUCUUAAUAGUGAGAGUGUCGUUCUGAAGAAAUGCUGGUCCAAGUCGAGUGUAAAGGGAACCCGAAAUGGAUCCGAAUACCAGAGAAAACGACUGUUUUGACUUCUGUGGAUUCAUUAAAGAAGCUUCAGCAAAGUUCAACUUGCCGCAUGGAGCCAAUGUGGUUCUUAAAGACUCUGCAGGAGUUGAUGUUGAUGCUGAUAUUUUUGAUGAGCUUGUGAGAACAUCUAAGGUGUCCUUCAAAAUUUUGGAUGGUGAUAACAAUAAAUCGGAUAAUGUUCCACAAGCUGAGACCAAUCUCUCUGAGCCCUCAUGCCCUGAGUCAUCGUUUUCAUCAAUAGAAUCAGAAAGUUCGGAGUCCACAGCGAUUCCACAAUCUUCAAAGGCAUGCAAAAAGCGAUUCUUAGAAGAACCUUCUGACUGCAAUGCAUCAAAAGAUCUAGUUCAUGCAGCGCUACACUCAAAACCAGGAGGCUCUGAUAUAUUGAAGGAGUACGAACAAACAAGUAGCCUGUCUGACAAGACACGAAAGAAGCUGGUAAACAUCCUUGUGGCUGAUAUGGUAGAGAAGUAUGGGAGGAUUCCACCAGUCAGUAUCAGUUUAAGCUAUGCUCUUGGAAUCAUAACCUUGUUCCCCAAUUUGAAGGAUAAGUGCUCACCGACUGGUUAUCUGUAA